AUGUUUGGUCGAAUUUAUAAACCCAUUCAAAGCUGUUCGUUACUUGUUCGACGUACUUUGGCAGCUGAAAUCAUCAAAGAUGGUUUAAUGCCUGCCACAGCAAUAACUCUACAAGAAACAAAUGUAUCUGUUGCAACUCAAACAGAGCACAAAUGGUUGAAUAAUAAAUAUCCAGGAUAUACUCUCAAAUCAAAAGCAAUGGUCACCGAUAGUGGAAAAUAUCUUGAUCGAUUCAGUAUCUUGACAAAAGAUGGACAACAACAAAACAUUUACUUUGAUAUCACGCAAUGCUACGCAUGUUCACUUUCAGACUUGAAAGACAUGUUCAACAAGCAACAAGAACCUGAUAAAACUUCGCAAGCUGAGUAA